AUGCUAUACGAUAGACAGAUUAGAUUAUGGGGAAUGGAUGCUCAGGCAAGCCUAAGGAAUUCUAGAAUUCUUUUGAUAAAUUUUACAAGUGUGGGUGUCGAAAUUUGUAAAAAUUUGAUGCUUGCGGGUGUCGGCUCCUUAACUAUAGUUGAUGGAAAUAAAGUACUUGAUCAAGAUAUGGCAUCAAACUUUUUUCUUUCUUCUUCACAAAUAGGAAGAUUAAAAUUGGAAGCAUGCAGAAAUAGCGUUUCUGAUUUGAACAAAAGGGUUCAGUUAAAUAUUGUUACAGAUGACUGGAGAACAUUGUCAGAUUUGGAAACCUUUAUUUCAAAAUUUAGUUUAACAAUCGCUACUGGUGUCAACAAAGAAGAAAUAAUAAGGUUGAACAACAUCACUAGAACAUUAAAUAUUCCAUUCUAUUGCACAUCUACUCACGGCCUAUUCGGAUUUAUAUUCGCUGAUUUAAUUGAGCAUCAUUCAACAGUGAAAUAUGAUAAAUCCUCACAGAAAAAAGUUGGUCGAACCGACGAGGUAAGUACAAUAAUAAAAAUUCACGAGAAACAAGAGAACGAUAAAUCGAUUCAGGAGUGUUUGAUGAAUUUUAAGUAUCGUCCAUUUUCAGAAAUAGGCAGUACUUUUAUUAAAAACAUAUAUCGCACACCAAAGAAACAGAUUAGAAAGGUCAGUGUCCUUCUCCCAGGAAUCCUAGGGCUUCUUGAGUAUGAAAGUGCAAUAAAUAAGAAAAUAGAAGAUGUUAAUAUCAGUGAAAAGGAAUUAUUAGAAAAUACGAAGAAAGUGUUGGAAAAAAUGGGAUUACCAAUGCAGAUAGCAACAGACAAUACUAAGAAGAUAGCGCAGCUUGCAAAGCAGGCUUACUGUGAAUAUCAACCUAUUAGCAGUAUCAUUGGCGGCGCAGUUUCACAAGACAUAAUUAAUUGUUUGGUUGGAAAAGAAGUUCCGAUCGACAACUUUGUUGUACUAGAUGGCUCGAGUGAUGAAAUGCUAAUGUACAUAUUGUGA